GAAAAUUUGAUUGGCGAUUAGAGUUAAGAUAAGCCAUUUGAUUGGAUAACAGCCAUGUUUUAUAACAUCGAAUGCAUGAGUUUUGUUCCCGCUCGAGUCAUUUUAUUUAAGUACUAAAACUAGUUUCUUUGUUGGUUAUAUUUCUGUAAAAGUGCAAUGGCUGGAGGAAAAGCAGGCAAAGAUUCCAAACCGAAAACCAAAUCUACUUCUAGGUCUGCCAGAGCUGGGUUACAAUUUCCGGUUGGUCGUAUUCAUCGUUACCUGAAAUCGCGUUCAACAAAUAAAGGGCGUGUUGGUGCAACUGCUGCUGUAUACAGUGCUGCUAUUCUAGAGUAUCUUACUGCUGAAGUGCUUGAGUUAGCUGGCAAUGCAUCCAAAGAUUUAAAAGUAAAAAGGAUAUCUCCUCGACAUUUACAACUUGCUAUUAGAGGAGAUGAAGAAUUAGAUUUAUUGAUCAAAGCUACUAUAGCUGGAGGAGGUGUCAUUCCACACAUUCACAAAAGUUUGAUGAACAAAAAGACGGCGAAGCAAAAUUAAGAUUGUCUUUUAACAAUUAUUUAUUUUGUAUAUUUUCUGCUAUCUGUAUUAUAGGACCUCUGCAUCGAAUCUAAAUUGUUAAAAUUAUUUGGUUUUGUAGAAUAUUAAAACAUUACAAUUUUUAAAUACAGUUUACGCUCAUGAUAAGUGUAUGUGUGUUAACACAUUUGCUAUUAUAUUUGGGUUUUAUUUUAAUUAACGCAAUACUUUUUAAUUUGAUGUAAAACAUUUUUAAAGGUUUUUGCAACACUAAUAAUAUUCUAAUAUGUUUAACAGUUGCUAUUUUAAACCUAUUUUAUUACUAACUUAUAGUUAUAGCAGUACUCUAUGUAAAUGUAAAUAAAAGAAAAUAUCUUUAAAGUUUA